AUGUCCCUUUGGUUUUCUGGACCACUCGGAACUUUCUCGUCUGGAAUCUCCCGGGUACCGGUCUCUCUAGAUUAUAGCAAACAGCAUCUCCCCCAUCAUCGCAGAUCUUUCGUCUCUUCUUUCCCUCCCCCAUUGCCCCUAAUACUCAAUUUCUGUCUAUACUCAUAUAUCCUCCCCGGAAGCAAUUGA